UCCGCGCCCGCCAGCCCACAGGGCAGCGCGCCGGACCCAGCCAGCGGGUCGGCACCCCGCGACCUCAGGAUGCCAGAGGCCCAGAGCUCCCGCCAGGACCCCAGGCGACGGAAGAAGAAGCAGCCGGUGCGCCGCACGGUCAGCCAGAUCUGCCCGCCCCCGCGGCGGCCCCUGACCGUGGCCGACAUCCGGCCGGGCAUGGAGAACGAGAGGCUGGGGGUCGUGCGGGAUUCCAUGUUUCAGAACCCGCUCAUCGUCAAGGCUGAACUUGGGAAGCCCCGAGAAAGAAGUUACACUCUGCCUGGAAUUGAUUUCAAUUACGGGCUCUACGUCCGCGGGCUGGAUGGAGGGGUCCCCGAAGCCCUUGGACACUGGAAUGUGUUUAGGCAGCAGCCCACGUGCCCCCACGAGCUGACCCGGAACUACAUUGCCAUGAAUCGCGGGGCGGUGAAAGCCGGCCUGGUGACUGCUCGGGAGAAUUUCCUCUACCGCCAGCUCAACGACAUCCGCAUCAGUGACCAGGAUGACCGGCACGUCAAGAAGGAAAUGCCCUCCCUCCCUCCAAACAUGACGUUUGGGGUCGUGGCACGGCCUUCCACCCCUUUCUUUGACCUGCUGCAGCACCGGUAUCAGCAGCUCUGGGUGCAGGAACAGAAGGCCACCCAGAAAGCCAUUAAACUGGAGAAAAAGCACAAGGUGAUCCUGGGGAAGCUGUAUGAGACCCGGAGCAGUCAGCUGAGAAAGUACAAGCCGCCCGUGAAGCUGGACGCCCUCUGGCAUAUGCCUCAAUUCCAGAAGGUGCCCCCCCAUCUUGAUACUUUCUUCACCGAGGCGGACCGCCAGAGAGCAAUCAAAGCCCACCAGGAAGAGCACGCAGUGCGCCAGGGGACCCUGCGGAUGGGCAACCACACCCACCCCUAAAGCCUUCUUGACACGCAAGCCAGUAGCAAGGACCAGCGUCACCCUCUUCCGACGGCGUUCUGACCCGGACGCUCUUCGAGGCACAUUACCUUCUCUGACACGUCCCCGCCGUGUCUGUAUGAAGCCGGGCACAUCCUCGAGGUUUUAAAUCCCUUUUUUCGUCUGAAAAUUCCAACGACUCCUCUUCAGCCCAGAGCUCUCCCCGGGAUUUCAGACUCACUUACCCAACUGCCCGCUUGACGUCUCCACUCAAGCGUCUGCUGUUCGGCGCAAACCAACACAGCCGAGACAGAGCACUUGACUUCCCUUUCUCCCCACCAAAUUUGUUUCUCCCUCCAUUUUUCCCUUCUCCUGGGUGACACCACCGUCGACCUGCUGGAGCAUCCUCUCCCACCUCGAGUCUAGCAAGCAGCCCGUCAACGCCUCUUCCCAAACAUCCCAACCCUUCCCCUCCCAACCAUAUUCUCCACAGAGCAGCCCCUUAGCAUUCCAGCAGCUUCCGUCGCUCUCGAAGGAACCUCCACACCCCUCACCCGGCCCACGGCCCUUGCUCCUGCCUUAUGCUUUCUGUCUGCUCCCACUUCUCCCUGGAACACCUGGGCCCCCGACUGUCACCUGCCCAUCGCUUCCUGUCAUCCAGAUCUUCGCGCCAACAUCAAGCCCCCUGCGCAAAAGGUCUUCCGCGAAGUAGCCACCAGUGAAGCUCACACCGGCUUGUUUUACUCCUUACAAAACAACGACGCCUUGUUCACUGCCGGUCUCUAUGCGGCGAGGGAUCGGGGACCUAAGAUCCCAGGGGCCCGACAUACGGUAAGUGCCCGUGAUAUCCGUGGAAGGACCCCGCGCAGGAAUGUCCACUACGGCUCACGCGCCCUGCAGGCCGAGUGCUGGGCAGGGAGGGACAUCCAAGUCUGGUGUUGACGAGUCUGACUGCAUUUCUCGAUCAGCCCUCCCCACCCCACACAUGCGUCCCAAUUCCAUACAAAUCCCACGCAUACUAACACCACUCAGGAACCUGGCCCAGCCAGGGCCUUGUCAGACCCCAACCUACUCCAAGGGCCAGAAGUCCUCCUCCCGCCGCACGAGUCCGAGAGGAACAAGCAUCCCCACUGAUUUUGGCCAAAGCCACCCUGAAGCCUUGUGACCCCACAGGGAGCAGCGAGCCUGGUGUGGGAGCACAAGAGAGCCCGCGGGACCCGGCCACUGAGCCGGCAGCCAUCGCACGUGGCCGAGAGCGUGAGACCUGGCCUCCUCAACUAAUUCCUGUGUGGCCUCGACCAAGUGUCUCAACCUCUCUAUGCCUCGUCUGUGAGGCAGGACAGUGUAGGACAUCUCCUCGAGCUAGAUAACGA